UCGUUCAGGUGCUAAGCAUUUGAGUUGACAUGUGGGACUGACUAGUUGCGUCACUCGUCUGGAGAACGUUGAUCCUUACGCGUGGCGGUGGAAGUGUAAUGUCAAUUUUCGUCGGCUUGUCAAAUAUUGAAGGGAGGUUGUGUUCGUCAUUUACCUGGGCUAACAUUAUUGUUUCUUGAAACUACUUUCCUAAAGAAGAGGACAUAGAUACAGCUGUAAAUUAUUAUUUAUUGUGUUAACGCUGGCUACUAUUCUGGAGAAAGCAGAGUCCGGAUUAAAGGAUGCUAAGAAGGCUCUGAGUCGGGGCUCCAAGAUGAGUGUGACGUCAUGGUUCCUGGUCAGCAGCUCAGGCACAAGACACCGGUUGCCACCGGAGAUGAUCUUUGUGGGCCGGGAGGAGUGCGAACUCAUGCUGCAGUCGCGCAGUGUGGACAAGCAGCAUGCUGUCGUCAACUACGACCCAGCCACAGACGAGCACAUGGUGAAGGACCUGGGCAGCCUGAACGGGACUUUUGUGAAUGAUCUGAGAAUCCCAGACCAGACUUACAUCACCCUGAAGCUCGCUGAUGUCAUCCGCUUUGGAUAUGAUUCUCAUGUGUACAUCCUGGAGAGGAGUCAACACAAGGUGCCAGAGGAGGCUCUCAAACAUGAGAAGUACACCAGCCAGCUAGAGAUGAGUAUGAAGGCCCUGGAAGCCAGGAAGAGGGAGAAAGAGAGGCAGCAUGCUGAGGAGAGAACCAGAGACUCAUUUCGCUCCAAACAGGAGAAAGCCGAGGGUAAAGCUGCCCUCGCAGCAGUGGCCAGCGAGGCUCCAGUGUCCAGACCCACUCCUCUGUAUGGGCAGCCGUCGUGGUGGGGGGAGGAUGAUGCUGAACACGGUGAAGGACAGCAGCCAGACGAGGACCCUGCAGAGAAUACUAACGAGAACUACAGACAAGAGGUCAACGGCUCCCUGUCAGAUAGCCAGGCCAAGUCCAUCUACUCGCACCACAGGGAGCCCAGCUACUUUGAGAUCCCCACCAAGGAGUUCCAGCAGCGGGAGCUCCAGGAGGUUCCCACUAAGGACACUGGCCCCCCUGCUGUCCCUGUUCUCCCCCCAACCCCCACCCCCACACCCCCUGUGGUGCAGAGCCACGCCUCCUUCACCAUCGAGUUUGAUGAAUGCAUGCCUGGUAAAAUCAAGAUCAAAGACCAUGUGACCAAGUUCUCCUUCCGCCAGCAACGCAAGCUCCUGAGUAAGGAGGCGGUCACCGCACCCACGGAGGUGAUGUCAGCAGAGAGCAAGGUGGCUGAUUGGCUGGACCAAAGCGAUGUGCGCAUGAUGCAGAGGUGGUCUCGGACAGAGGACAUUUUCAGCACCAACAGUGACCUGCCCAUCUACAACAAGGCUUCCACAGGCCAUCACCAUGAGGAUGGGACUCGGGGCAACUCUGAGGAUUCUGUUGUGAACGGGAAGCAGGUUAUCCAGUCAAAGCCCUCUAGACCCUUCACACCCCCUGACUCAGAGGACCUUCUGUCCAGCUCCCUUCCAGAGACUCACUCCCCUCCUCAGAGCCAGGGCAAAGAAGACCCCCAGCAGGCCUUCGUCAUCGAGUUCUUUGAUGACAAUCCACGCAAGAAGCGUUCACAGACCUUCACCAGCAACACAGUCCAGCCCGACAGCCCGGCCCUUAGGAACAAGCUGGAGAAGAAGUUGAGCCCCAGCUCCCACACCCAGCAGUAUACCAUACCCCUGAAGGGCCCGGGCUCUGGAGGCCCCCAGAGGGCCGGCUCCCUGAGGCGGGAGAAGACAGAGGAUCGGAUCAAUACUAGCUUCUCUUCCCAAUCCUCCUCCAUACAGCCCAGGCCCUUUAGAAGUGUGGGCCGGAGGUCUAAACUGGCCCAGGACUUCACUGCUGAGUUCCUGAGGGAGUCCAGACAGGAGACUAGACCGAGCAUGAACACAACCUGGGAGAGGAAGACUUCACCUGUGUCUCCUACCAUCAGCCCACCACCAACAGAAAUGGCAGCAGUGCCCAACUCCCACCAUACCCCACCAAGCCCCCCUCAGCCCCCUGUCCCAUAUCUGACUCAGACCUCCACCGUCAACCAGCCUGUGCCCCUGAAAGCCCCUCUAAUAUCCCUGGUCAACCACACCAUGGAGGCCGCACGAAGCCUGGAGGCCGCACGGAGCCUGGAGGCCGCACGGAGCCUGGAGGCCGCACGGAGCCUGGAGGCCGCACGGAUCCUGGAGGUUGGAAGCCCCAGAAGCUUGGGGAAUGAGGAGGACGAUGCCUUGAGUGAAGCAGGCACCUACACCAUCGAGACAGAGGUCCAGGAUGAAGAGGUGGUGGAGGCACGCAGCAAGAUAGACCAGGUGUUUGGGGUUGUUGAUGGGCCAGAGCAGCCCAGCGACGCUGCAGCAGCAGCAUAUAAGCCUGUUAAGGCUCAGGACAGGGAGGAGCGUAGGGAGAGUAGCUCUGUGGAUCUAAGGCCAGCUCCAGGGCAGGGACAGAAUCAGCUGCAGGUGUCUGGUGGUUCUAAGUGGGUGUCUCGCUGGGCCAGCCUGGCAGACAGCUACACAGACUCUGGCCCUUCCUCAGGCCUCUUUGACAUCCCCUCACAGAUUGAGCUGUCAGAAGGAGUUGGUGGGAGGACCGGCUAUCAGGCGAUGCUCAGUCACAACGUCAAAAGUGUGGAAUCAGAAGGCCAGAGUUCCAGAACACGGCGGAUUCUGCCUCAGGCACCGUUGGUGGAGAAGAAUGAGACUCCAACUCCCAGCAUUCUUGUCCAUCAGGACACUUACUCUACCUAUGAUGUCAGAGAGAAGAGCUCCAGAGCCCUCUGUCCACAGGAGGGACUCCACAACCUGUCUGUACAGGAUGACCUAGACCCAGACAGCCUGAGUGAUGCCAGUAAGUCAGACGACGGCUCCAUCGUAGAACAGAGGACGACGCCCACACCAGAUAUGACAGACAAGAGUUCAUCUCAGAGCAGAGAAGAGGAGAGGCCCAGACUUCCACCCAAGUCUACAUCAUUCUACAUCGACUCUGAGGAGCGGGGAUCCAGACCCAAUACGCCCAGGACUGAGAGAAAACUACCACCUCCUCCUAAUACACCACAGUUCUCCACAGCCACCCUGACCAAACAACGGGGUGGACAGGACUCACAGAAGACUGUGAAGCCCAACUCGUCAGCUCCCAAGCAGGACUACCAGGGUAGAGUCAGCCCUCAGCCCAAGGAGAUCUCAGUGUCUCUGGUCAGGCAGGAGAGCUUCACUAAGGACCAGCCAAGUGAUGCUGCACAGGUCACCAGACUCCCCCACAUCUCCAGCCAGCCUGCUCAGAAUGACCCAGACCCUGCUGAGGUGUUCCAGGGUAUCUGCAGCCAGGACACCCACUCCUACCUCAAGGAGACUGAGGACGCUCUGGCUGCCCUGGAGGCCAAGCUCCAGGCCCAGACUGAUGUAGUUCCCUGCCCCAUAGAUGACACUCUGUCUGGGGAGUCUGACAUGGACUCAGCCAGCACUGCCAGCCAGCGCAGCAACCAGACUACACCCAAGACCAGAUCUAAGAAGCCCUCUAUCACCUGUGGCCUUCAGAGGGAGAGGUCCUCUGCCAGCUCCUUCACCCAGGAGCCCAGUCGCCAGCCGUCAGCCCAUAAUCGCCUGUCAGAAAAGCAGCGGUCUCAGGGAGAAGAUAGCAGAGAUAGUAAGCCUGAACCAGGCAGGAGGCUGGGGAUGAGACGUAGUGUGAGCAAACAUGGCUCCAUGGACUUUAGCGAUGACCCCCAGGGCUCCAACUUACCCUACUGGCCUGAUACCAUUUCUUCAGACCAGGAGGGCUACCGGCCCACUGCACGCAAGAAGUACACCACCCCCCUGCAGAAGGAGGAGUCUUCUAAGUCCUCCAAAGGGUCCCAGGCCCUGAGCCGCUCCAACAGCAUGUAUGCCCCAAGGCCUACUAGAGCCUCCAUGCUUCGUCGGGCUCGCCUGGGCGAGGCGUCCGACAACGAGGGCACAGAGACGGACAGGAUCUCCCAGGAGGCCAGUGGGACCACCAAGGACAGUAAGAAGCAGCUCUCCAGGCUGGACAUGCUGGCUCUGCCCCGGAAGAGGACCAGCUCCUUCACCACUCCCAGUGAUACAGAGUCCUCCGCAGCCAGGACAGGCUUCUCCAACCGCAGCACAGAGUCCAACAGCGGCUCUGGGCGUAAGGCCUCCGUCGCCAGACCCAGCUCUAAGCCUGUGCUAGGCAGGGCCUCUGGAGCUCCCUGCAAGCCCAUCACCCGCGGCCGCUCCAGCAGCGCCAAAUACACCAGCAGCACAGCCAGCUCCAGACGACGGCAGAAAGGCUCUGACUAUACCUCCACCUCGGAGGAGGAGUAUGACUCUGGUAACCAGAUCACCCCUAAACACAAACGCUCCCAGACCCCCUCAGCCUCCCGCUCCCAGCCCCUCAUCCCCCCGCGCCCCAGAGCCCGCUCAAGAGACUCGGACCAGGAGAGUCACGAGGGAGACGCCUACCAGAACUGGUCCUCCCACAGUGCUGAGAUAGCAAAACUGAGUCAGGACCUGGCUAAAGAUCUGGCCAUCCUGGCCAGGGAGAUCCAUGACGUGGCUGGUGAUACUGAUCCUCAGAGCUCUUCUGGAGUGGAGGCCAACACACCUGCCUCUACCAUGACCACCCAGGACGAGUUGGUCCAUCCUAUUCCUGAGGCUGGUGUGAACUACCAGAGAGCUCCCCCUGGUUCACCUGCUGCCGGGGACCCCGACCAGACCAUGAUGAAUGAGCAGGAACACAACUCUAAGCACAGAGGAUGGAACCAGGAAGAGGUUGUUGUUGAUGACCUUAUGCUGAAUCCAGUGUCCCAGAUCUCUCUGGCUAUUCGAGAAAACACAGAGCAACUAGCUGAGAAAAUAAAGGUACUAUUCCACAACAAACAGGACAUUUGGGAGGAGAUUGAAGCAAAGAUCAAUGCUGAAAAUGACAUCCCUGUCCUGAAAGGCUCAAACAAGGAAAUCACAUCUAUUCUCAAAGAGCUCAGAAGAGUUCAGAGACAACUUGAAGUCAUCAACACCAUCAUUGAACCCAGUGGGAACCUUGAACCAGCCAAAACUUCCACUCCUAUCUCCCCCUCCUCAGCCAGUGUAAGGCCAUCCAGGGCCCCUUCGAGAGACUGGAGAUCAUUAGGUUCCCAGCGGGGUGAGGGUGGGGUCUCCUCUUCCAGCUCCAGGUCCAGUGAGAGUGUCAGGAGAUCAGCUAUGGCCUCAGAGGCAGAGAGCUAUGAGGUCUGAGGUUCUGGAACACAGUGCCUCCUCUUCACUGCUGCGCCACAAUCCCAGGUGUUGAGAGAGUGGAUUUGAGAGGGGGAAAUGGGUACUGCUAGAGACAACUGUGGCCCCACUGCACGAUGACACUACUGCACUGUGUGUACACUACUAGAGAACUGAAAUGCGUAUUGAACUGCCAUGGUGUGAGAAGGAGAUUGUAGAAGACAUACUAAAGCCAUGAAUUGGUUAGUUCAGCUGAGGGAAAACCCCUUUAAGGCAAGGCCAUUAUUGUGCCAUAUACAGUGCAUUUGUAAAGUAUUCAGACCCCUUGACUUUUCCCACAUUUUCCUACCUUCCAGCCUUAUUCUAAAUUGUAUUACAUAGUUUUUCCUCCUCAUAAAUCUACACACAAUACCUCAUAAUAACAAAGCAAAAACAGGUUU